AUGCAUCGAGUUCAUGAUCGAGAACAAUUAGUCGAAAGUGUUGAAAGUUGACAUUCCAAAUGUAGGAGAUAUUUUGAUCUGUUUAUUGCAGUUUACGUGGACUAAAAAUCCCUAUCACACUCCCUAGCUCGUUGAAAAUUCGUACCAACACAAAACCCACGGGCUCAUCCUAGCCUACAUUUUUUUGUUUAAUGGUGCAGAAAGAUAGCAUGUGUACAAGAUGGCGGCAAUAGACAAUAGUGGAUAAGGACUGGCUGUGGGAGCUGGAAGCGUAUAUCUUUUUUUCAUUCGGUUUCACUAGUUGUUUGUAACCAUACCUACACGUACGUAUUGUGAAAGGAUACGAUGAUGCGAAGUGUUACAUGAAAAUAUAUGCGUGGUAAUAUGAGACUUCUAUAAAAUUUGUACUGGAUCUAUUCGUAAUCAAGGUGGUUAUAUUGCUUCUAACAACGGAAAUGACCACCUUAUGCUCUCUUGUAUCGCAUGAUAUAAUAUUUGGAAUGUAGACGUUGUCUUACAGAGGUCCACCAUGUCAUGCCGACCAGAUAAUUACAUGGAGCUCUGCAGGCUAUGUGCAUGUUAUGAUGCCAUCAAAAUGGAAAUAUUUGGCGAGGAAGGGAGAGAAAGAAAUCUGGUUGACAAGAUACAGACAUGCCUCCCUUUCCAGGUAUCAGAGAGUGAUAAGCUGCCGAAGUCAUUAUGCUAUCGAUGCAUGUACAAUCUUGAAAACUUCUAUGACUUCCGGAAGAGGAGCGUCAAUGCGGUUGCUCUUUUGGAGAGCUGUGUUGGGCAGUCAGAAGAGAACUCUGAAAUGGGUGCAGAGCUGAAAGAACGGUUUGAGAGGCUUUGUAGCCAGUUGCGUCAAAUUAAGGAUGAAGGUGAAACGUGUGAGAAAGACAUGCCCAUGCCUCGUCUCGAACUUCAGUUUCCUGUUCCAGCGGUAAGCCCCGAGAAAGGACAGAAUACUGAAUCAGAACGGAUGUAUAAAGGUGCAACUAGCCCUACUAGUGAGCAAUCGGAUUUCCACCCACCGUCUGAUGGCGAAGAUGAAGUGGGUGUGGAGUGUGAUGAAGAUACAGACCAGGAUCCUUCUGCGGAUAUUGAGGUGGCAGACAAUACUAAUGGCAGAAGAAAGGGUGCUCUUCAUUCUGAUAGGUACUGUGUGGGAGCGGGGGACCAUGAACUACCUGAACAUGAAACCCUUCAUACUUGCAGUAUUUGUAAUAAGGCAUUUUCUAGUAAAGGACAUCUUGCACUUCAUAAUAAAAUCCACAUGAAGGAAACUGUGGAAGAGACCCAUUCCAAACGCCCACGUCGUCAAACGAGCAGUCCCGCAGAAAACCUGAUGGACCUUAACUGGAAGAGUGGUUACUAUCGUCCUUACCGCUGCGAUCUAUGUAAUAAGUCAUAUUCAACUGCUAAACAUCGUUGGGGACAUGUCAGUGUGUGUCAUCGUGGAAAUCCUCUGGUAACUUGCCCCAUAUGCGCAAGAGUCUUUUCUACAUGUUAUAAUCUCGGAGAACAUAAGAGAACGAAGCAUGGCUUGGAGGAAGGAGAAAUUGUUGAUGUAAAUUACAGCGAUGCGGCUGUCGUUAACAGUACCGACUCUCUGAAACAGAGCAGCAAAAGGUCAAGUCCAACCACUGAAGAUAACUUCCAGAAAUCUGCAGGCAACUUGAAGUCUACUCAGAAUGUGACCAGAAAGACAUCGGUAAGCAACUCUGGAAUUCUGCAUACGUGUAUGCAGUGUCUUAAGGUGUUUAAAACAGAAGGAGAGUUGGAAAGGCAUUCUGUGUGCCACAUAAGUAGAGGGUCUUCAGAAAACGCUAAUCAGAAUCCAAAUCCAGAAGCUGGCAAGAAAUCUGAAAUUGGAAAGAAAUCCGAGUUUACGAAAGGCUCGGAAACCGUCAGAAAGGUGGAUCUAAAGGCAAUACCGGGAAUUAAUAACGAAACAAGUUUAUUGAAACAGACACUACUACAAAAUCGGGAAUCUGCCGAGAUUAGAUCAAGGAAGAGAAGCCCAUCUCUGGACGCUGGUACCGAUGAUGUAAAGGUUAAAAAACGGGUAGGCUCAUCAGCUGAGAUGAGAAGUAACAGCGGCAGCCGGCGUAAGAGUUCAAAACCAAGAAAGAUAGCGAGGAACGAGGAAGACAACGAGGACUUUGAUCAGGAUGGGAGGGAUCUGAAUACUUAUGCCUGUGAUAAUUGUUCUCAAAUUUUUCAUACGUUAUCAGAACUGCAAGGGCAUAGAAGCACCCAUGACAUUGAAGAGCAUACCGAAGCAGAAAAUGUGAGUAACACGAAACCAUUUACAUGUCUCCUUUGCGAGAAAGAUUUCUCCCUGCGCACGUCUCUUAGCCGACAUUUUAAUGCCUGCCACGGGAUAGAUCCUUCAGAGGUCAUGGACAUUUCAAAGUACCAACGAAUACCUCAGAAGAAACAGGAUACUUCCACUUUGGCCAUAACUGAAAGUGGUCAGUCCACAUCCAGGAAAUUUGAUGGCCAACAAAAACUUGGUUUCCAGAGGUCUAGCAGUCGGAGCAGUGUGGAUAAAGAGGUAGCAGAGUUAGAUGAGGAUGAUGAUACAUUGCUGCCUGAGAAGCCAUCCGAAUCACAGUCUAGCUUCAUGUGUGAGGUGUGUACAAGGGAAUUUGGUGACCGCGCUAGUCUCUGGCUCCACCUUCGAUACACGCAUAAGGAGUGCGCGGCGUACGCGUGUGGCAUUUGUCUUCAGAUAUGUGAGAAUAAUACUCAGCUUUACCAACACUGGAGAACCUCGCACCCUCCUGAUCAAAAUUCGACAGAUCAACGCCGUUAUUGUUGUCAGAUGUGCGGUAGACAGCAUGAUUACCGGAAGAAGUUGCUUGCGCACGUGUCUGUUCAUAACCUUGACAAUGGCGCUGGAGGAGUUUAUGAUCCUGAAAUGCUUGUUACAUUGAACACUGGGUUUUAUAAAUUUGAGAAUCAUGAUGAAAAUUCAGUGUUGAAUGAAUACAGACCUUCCUCAGAACAGGAAAUUCUGUUGGAGUAUAGUGGUGGCAAAUACACAAAUGUAAAACUCACUAAGGAAACUUCUUCAUUCGGCUGUGAGUUAUGUUACAAGUCAUUCCCGACAGAGGAUGGAUUGGUGAAGCACAAGAAAGGUGCUCAUAAAGUUAAUUGCAAUUUGGAUGCAGGUACUCUAAGCAGUAUCAGAGGCUCAUACCAACUUUACUUUGUCUGUGAACUGUGCGGAAGCUCGUACAGUAGCAAAUCUGAUAGAUGGAGGCACGUUUUCCGGUCUCAUAGAGGCGAGUCUGCUUUGACGUGCGAUAAACAAGGAUGUGGAAAAGUGUUUCCUACGCGUACAUUAAAACAAGAACAUUGCACUAAUCAUCAUCAGCUACAGGGAGCGACACCAAAUGUUUGUGAGAUAUGUGGGAAGCUUUGGGGUACACGUGUGGAUUUCUGGAAGCACCUAAUGGGUGUACACUCAGAUUGUGUGCCAUUGACAUGUGGUGUAUGUCUGAAGAUUUUUUGCACUGUUCCAGAUCUUCAGGCUCAUGUCCAUUCAAACCAUUUGCCACUAACUGCUGGGGACUUCUGUUGCGAUAUUUGUGGUCGUCCAUAUUCUAACAGAUCAAAGCUUUCAAGGCAUCGCAGAAUACACUUGAUAGACGAGCAUGAUGACGCUCCUCAAGUCCCACCUCUCAAAAGACCACAUUCCUUGCCUAUGAACAUUCCUGAAAUCAGUAGCCACGGAACUUCCGUUAGUAUACCCACUCUUCCCUUGGUAGGAACAUCCAAAAAGUAUGUACCACUAAUGAACACUGUGACAAAGCCUAGUAGUAAAUCAAUUUCAUUUCAAACAGGCGCCCUUUCAAAGCUCAGUAGCAUUCCAGGAUUGUCUCCCAGAGUUAAAGAAACAGUUCCAAAACCUGAAUUAAUGAUGUUUUGUGACAUCUGUCCUCAGAUGGCAUUUCAAUCUACGGCGCAGUUGGCAGAUCAUCGUCGCAGAAUUCACUCCCUUCAUCCGUGUGACCUGUGUUCAAAAUUCUAUGGUAGGACAUCUGAUCUCUGGAAGCAUGUCAAGAGAGUUCAUAACAAUCACCCAGAAUUGACGUGUUCAGUCUGUAAACGAAUUUCAGCAAGCAAAGCUCAUCUAGAAAGUCACAUCUCUACAAAACAUUAUCCCAAGAACCCAAACCCUACCAUCAAACUACCUUCUUCUAGACUGUGUUUCACGGCUGGGAAAAUUAUGAAAAUCCCGACACUUUAUCCAUGUCAGAAAUGCUCAAAACGAUUCUGGAAAAGCCACCUGCUCAAAAAACACCAGCGGCAUUGCUUGCGUGCAACUAAACCUAAACCACUGAAACUUUCAAAAUUAAAUUCUGAUUCCUCCGCUUCCACACAGGAUCUAACCUGUGAUAUAUGCUCCAAGGUUUUCCAGACCCCAUCACGAUUGAAGGAACACCAGAAAGUAGCUCAUGUUCCACAGUACUGUGAACUGUGUCCUGAUACCUCCUUCAUAUCUAAAGCAGAUCUCUUUGCUCACAUCAAAGAAACUCAUGACAGUCACCCCAACUUCUUCUGCCCUAUUUCAAGCUGUUCAAGAAUAAUGAGGUCAAAGUUUGAUCUUGAUGUGCAUAAUCUACAACAUAAUUCUGUUAAAUAUCCUCCAACAUGCUACCUCUGUGGAGAAGUUUGUUCAGACAAAGUCAGAUUAUGGAAUCAUCUUAACUCAGCACAGCACAAGGCUGCCAUACCUCUUAUAUGUGGUGUUUGUUUCAAACACUUUCCAUCAACUGAAGAACUCAUUUGUCACGUAGAAAGCUUCCAUCCAACAGCCUUGAAAGCGCCAGACACCUGUAAGAUAUGUGCCAAGAGUUACUCCAGUGUGUAUAAAGUUAUGAAUCAUUUUACGAAAUGUCACCCAAAAUAUUAUGCUUGUAGGGACUGUCUCCAGGUAUUCAGAAGCAAGCCAGAAUUACAGGAGCACAGUGAAAAGGGACAUGUGAAUACUCUUGAAGAAGAUGGAAAGGGUGUAACCUGUGAUGCCGAUGGCGAAGAGGGCGGAGAAAGAAACGAAGGGAUAAAAAUAUCUGGUGAAGAGGAAGGAGGAAGAAAGGAAGAGACAGAAGUGUUAGGAAAUGAGGACAUUACAAAUCGUUUAGAGGAGGGAGAUGGGAUUAAGAACGAUGAGUUGCCAAGUGAGGUUCGCAUGGAAACGUUUCCAGCAUCUGCUGAAUCGAUGAAACGCAGUGAAGCAAAACAUCAGAAUGAUGUGGAAAAUUUCAAUUCAAAUUCAGGCCCUGAAGAAGAGUCGUCAGACAUUCAAGAGUAUGAUGUAGAAUUCAGCAAAGAUGCUAAGAGACCGAGGCGUUCGUAUAAUUGCGAAAAAUGCACCGUGACUUUCUGUUCGCCGUCAGAUCUCGCGGAGCACAAAAAGACGAAGCACGCUUCGUCGGCAUUAGACGUGAAACCUUAUCACUGUGACCAGUGUUGCAAACAUUUUACUAAUAAAUCAUCUUACUGGAAGCACAUUAACUCUCCUGCUCACCAGGCUAAACGAAUGCAACAGAAAUUCAUCGCAGGAACAGUGUUAUCACAAAAGAAUCUCGUGACUGGAAGUCACCAGUUGCAUGCUUUGAAUUUCCUUGGAAGUUCAGGAGAUGCUUCCAGUGCAAAACCACAAAGCCAGACAGAGUUUGAUUCUGAAUUACCUUUUGUUUAUAUACCGGAAUCCUCUCUGCAAAGUAAUCUUAUAAAAGAAGAGCCCGAACAUAAUUACGUUUCUAGCGCCAGUACUCCUGGGAAGGAAAGUGAUAACAAAGAUAAGAAGCAAGAUAAUGAAGGAGGCGAUUUGUCAUCAAAAUCUGAGAAUGAGUAUAACAGCAAGCACACAGUUUCAUGUGGUCAGACCAGCGAUACAUCUUGCAGUGUAAAAUUGAAUCGUCGAAGAUCAGAAGUCCGUAAAGUUUACAGCAAUGGCUCUGAUUCUAAGUCUCCUUGUUACUGUCAGCUCUGUGGAAAGGAGUGGCCAGCCCUUAAACACCUUUGGCAACAUCUCAUUCGUAACCAUCAACAGGAGGCUGCAGUAACUUGCGGUGUGUGCCUCAAUGUCUGUUCUGACUAUCACAGCCUUGCAUCUCAUCUGAGUUCACAGCACCCUGACAAUUUUUGUGGCGACGGAAACAAUUUCACGUGCCGCAUAUGUGGGCGUUAUCACAAUGCCCGAUCUAAACUCAUCCAGCAUGCGACUAUACAUAUUGUCCUGGGUACAGAACCAGAGAAUCAGCCACAAUCAAAUCUUCACAAUUGUCAAACGUGUUUUAGAUCUUUCACCAAUGAACAAAACCUCCGUGAUCAUCAGAAAACACAUAAAUCUAUCGAUGUUCCUAAUUCACAGCCGCAGGGUGAGAAGUUAGAACUUAAGUGUGAUAUGUGUCACAAAGUUUGUGGUAAUGUAGGUGCCCUCGUGACACACCGCAAGAGUCACAGAAUGAAUGCAGGCGAACUCUUCACCAGAAAUGAAGAAUUGUUUGAAAUGGAAACAGAAGAAAUGGAACACAAUGUAACCACUAAUCUAGACUUUAAGAGUGAACAAUUCUAUAGCUGUGACAUCUGCCUUAAGGUUUUCAAAAAUGAAUCGCUUUUCUGUGAACAUAAACAAACCCACGAUGUACCUCCCAAAAGCAAGAAUAUGUUGUCGCAUGACAUGAGGUUACCAGUACCAAAGGUUGAAAAGCAAAAUUUAUAUGUCUGUGACAUUUGUGCUCUAGCUUUUGUGACAGAGAAGAGUUUAAUUGCCCAUUCUGCAAGCCAUAAAUCUGUGCCUGCGUCUUCAGUUUCAAAUGCGCGACGUUCAUCUGCCAGUGACAGCGAAGACUGCGCGGGUUUCAGUACCGGCGAAUCUCGCGGAAUGACGGCAUCUAAGGACAGAUAUCCUUGUACCAUCUGUCAUUCUAAGUUUUUUACAUCAGCUCUCCUGUCUACACAUUUGGAAGUCUCCCAUAAUAAACACUUUGCUUGUAGCCAUUGCAAAAAGAAGACAUUUACAUCGUACAUAAACCUUACCAAACACGUUCGUAUCUGCCACCCUAAAAGGACGCAGCCUCGCAGCCUUCAGGCUAGCAUACAACUGCUGAAAAAAUGGAAGGAAAAUUCAAAAGCUAAUUCAGUCGUUUCACCAGUAGACAGUCAACAAUCUUUUGAUACCGAACAGUCACCAAAGGAAAUUGAAAGUUUGGAACUUGAGGAGAAUCACAGUAACGAGCCCCAUUCGAGGAUCCCAGAAGAGUGUGACGAACUAAAACAUGAUAUAUACUCUCAGCCUUUGGAUAAAACUACUGGUGUAGAAUCUUCGAAAAAUGCUUCUAUAAAUAAUAACUUUAAUAACAGAUAUCAGACAAAUAGAGACAGCGUGGAAACAUCUGAUAAUACGAGUGUUGAAGAUUCGGAACUUAAUCAGAAUGAAUUUAGAGGUGAAGCCAAUGAAAUACAGGAAGGAACUCUCAGGGAAACAAACCCUAUUAGUUUGGACAGACGUACACCUAAUUUUGAGAAUGAUGCCAAUUUGCUCAUAGAGGAUUUUGAACAGCUUGAGCAAACGGAGAUGGAUGAUCUUCAAGGCUCUUCAGACAUGGAAGUAGAAACUCAAGAUGUUAACAACCCUUUGGGAAAUAAUUCUUGUUAUCUCGGAGAUCAAUAUAAUAUAGAAACAAAUGAUCUAGAGAGAAGAAAUUGCAUAAAUGGUCAAUCUCUGUGUGAUGCAGAAAUUGAUUUUAGAUUAGAGGAUGAAAUGGCUGCUUAUUUAAUAAAGAGAGAAAACUGUCUAGAUGUUGAAAUGGCAAAACUUCCAGAUUCCACGCCAAAACACGAAGAACGGUUAAGCGAAUUGGAAUUUCCAAGCCACUCUUCCGAAGCAUCACUGAUGGAGCAGCAAGAGCAAGGCACGACAGUAACUAGUAGACGCAGUUCUGUCGAAUCUAAAUUUUGUGCUGAAACCAUAGGUAACUAUAUCAUUCAAGACUCACCGGCUUGUGCGGACGUUUUGCAGGAAUUGCCAACAGGUGUUAUGGGAAACAUAGACAAAUUUAAUGGGAACGAACCUACCGAGAUUGGCCUGGGAAAUGACAUGAUGGCGGAAAUAGUGAGUAAUGAAAUUUUAAGUGUGGAGGAUAGUGAUUUCUCUGAAAGCAAUUUGAAUUCAGCCGCUGACCUGUUGUCAAGCAACGAGCAUAAACAUGUGUCGAUGGAUCCUCUUAACAUUUGCAAAGAGGACUUUAGGAAAACCAAGGACUGUUUAUAUUCGUUGGAAGAUGCAUUAGAUAAACUUGAGGCUCAGAGCACUGAGUAAGAAAAGUGAUCAUUAUUUUUUUUUUUGUAUAUUAGUCAUAUAAUCAUGAAGUUAAUACUCUUUGUAAUGUGAACUUAUUGACAGUUUCAUACUGAAACAAACUAUCUAAUUUUAGUUUUACAGUAACAAAAUAUUUACAUUGAUGCUUAAAUAUAAGAAUUAAGAGAGAGAAUUUUCUUUUUUUUUUAUGAAAUUUUUAGUAAGAGCUAAUAAUGAUAAUUAUAUUUUAUAUUGUUUCACUCAGUGAAUUAUUCUAUAAGUGAAAAUUAAAAGUUGUUGAGUCACCUGUUGCGGUUUCAUCUGGGAAUAAGUAAUUGGAUGUUGGCACUCCUGUUCAUGGUAAGAGAGAUGAGGCGACAGGUGUCUUGGCUUCUGGGUGUUAUUAUUUUGCAUAAUUUUAAGUUGUGCUUAGUAGGAAGGUGUUUGGUAGUUACGUCUUCAGUCUUGCUGACAACCUGAUGUAUAUAGAUAGAUUUAUUCUUAAAAUGGUAGUAGGUUAACCUUGUAUGUAUGCUCUGACUUUAUUGUGCUAAAAUCACAUUCAUCUUACUUUAAUUUAUACUGACAGAAUAUGUAUAUGUAGACAUGAGAUAUGUCAUUCAGGCUUCAACAUGGGGAUCAGUACCCUGCGAGUAUAAUCUUAUGUUCACAAGUAGACCAAACUAAAAAGGAUUAACCUCCAACCAUGAAAAAAAGUAAUUAAUUAGAAACAUGUAACAUCUAGAAGUCAAAUUUUGGAUGAAACUGGUAGCACCAUUAAACAUUUUGACAAAACAUUAUGUAUAUAUGUUAUUGUUCUUUGAUGAUGAGAAUGCAUAACCAGGGUUUGAACAAAAGAAAAACACUUGACAAUUGUAAGUACAAAUUUUUUUUUAUAAUAGUAAUAUUCACGUAACUUUCAUGUAUAGGACGCAUUUUGUUUUUUUAGUUGAGUGUUUAUUAAAAGCAAAGUGAAAACAUCUUUUAUUCAUCAAAACUGCACCACUUAAGUAUAUAUAAUUAAAAUGCAGUCUUCUUGGACAACCAGCCAUGCCAAUAUAGAAUUAAUUUUUAUUGUUUUGGAGAGACUGUGCCUCCAUCAUUAGGGCAUGAUGUAGUGACUGACACUGCUGUUCAUUAUGUGUAUAUACAGUCGGGUCUCGUCAAAGGAUUGGUCCCUGAUCGUGGAGGCAUAGACAGUCUUCAAAAUUGAAAUUCAUUCCACAAUGGCACAGAUGAUUGUCUGAGAAGAACCCAUUGCAUUAAGUCACCAUUAAAGCUUCAAUCAUGUGCAUUAUUGGCUUCAUUCUGCGUGGUUCCACGUAGGAAUACGAGUUCUGUGUGGUGAAGGAGGAGGUAAGAAUAAUUAAUUUUAUGCAUUUUCUCAGUUGUGUCGUUUCUUUCGUAUUCCAAAUAAUGCAAGUUAAAAAUGCAGAAUAGUUGUAUAACUAUUUCAGAGCUAACUUAUAAAACCUUCAACUCAUCAAACAAAUGGACGUGGGGCAUCAACAAAGUGAUGUACUUUGGGUCCUUGAUAUUCAAUGAAUUCCCAAUCCAUCAUCCAGUAUUUAGCCCCGGUGAAGCUGAAGUUCAUUAACACCAUUAUUUGCAUAUCUGUUGUUGGUUCUCAUUUCCAUCUUCAUGUAAAUCACUUUGUGUUGCUAAGCAACAUCAGUUUACAAGGAACAAUGAUGAAGGUGGAGAAUUAUGUUUUAAUUUCUGACCUGCAAGCUAAGGGAGAUGAUGUGAAUUCCACUUUGAGCAGAAUGCUAUACAGAUUUUUAAAGUUUUAAACAUGGUGUUUUAUUUACCUGGAAUGAAUUAUCAUUGCCAUAUAUAUGUUGCAUUUCUUAGCCACCACUUAAUGAUGGAUAUGAAGGACUCGUACUUUCAAGAGACGCGAUAAAAGUAAAUUAAAGAAUAAAGUAAGAGAUUCAGUACCUUGAGUUAUUACUCAAAUUACGAGCCUGUGUGUUUCAUAUAGGAUAGUAAAUUUCAUGACUAGCUGAGUAACUUAGCUUUCCGAAGAAUCUGUUCCAUGAGGUUUGUUCUUAGUUCAUAACCUAUUUAAGCAUUCAAACAUUUAUGGCAAUUAAGUUGUGGAAUGAUCUCCCCUCCCCCCUGCUUCUGCCCUUUCAUUAUUGGAUACCUGAUAACUAAUUUGUGGAAAAUACUACUGGUGGCUGCCAUGGAGAUGAUAGUUAAAUUUUGUUUUAACACAUUUACUGCUGAUUGAGGCCAGGAGUUAAAACAAAGUUCUGAAAGAUUUUUGCACCAAAUAGUAGUUAUACUAUUAUGUUUUAAUUUUCUUCAGAGGAACAUUUGUUUAUGUCCCACGAUGUACAUAUAUUCAUAACUGCACUGAUAAAUGCUGGUUCUUAUUCUGUGCUGGACAUUGGACACGUGUGUCAAUUUAUGGGAAUUAACGAUGUAUUACAUAAAAAUGUGUACUUAAUUUCCCUUGAUGGCAAACUAAAAGUUAAGUCUGAUUAAAAUAUUCUUGAUUGAAGUUCCAUUGUGCCUUGUGUUUAGAAAGUACCUUCAAAUUUAAUUACAAUGAAAAAUAGUCUUCACUGAUGAACCCGUCAAAAACGUGGUUCUAAACAAAAGUCCGGGAUUUCACGACACCGGGGACAGCAGUAGACAACAAAUUCAUCUGCUUUCAGUGUCACUGAAAUUCAUGAAUUCACUAUUAGUAUUUCCUGAUAUUGUUUAUAGGAAAUCUAAAAUUGUAUCAUCCUUGCAGUUUGCUGUGGUAAUUUUGAUCAGAAGGCCUGAAGUUGAGUUACAGCCACCAUCAGUUUUAUCUCCCAAGAUUUCUAGAUAAAAAAGCACCGAGGUAAUAAUCAAAUCUGUGCACAUGAACAUCACAAUCUGUUUGCCACUGUACUGAGCAGAAACGAAACUGCGGUGCCGACCAGUAGACGGGCAGAACUACGAAGACUGAUGAUAUGAAUGUGAGUCAUCAGUACCUGGAAUGAGCCGUGUGGCUCAUGUGAAGCAGCAGCAAAUGUGUUAAUUUUAAUUUAUUUCUUUGUUUACACAAACUUGUAAACGAAUAAGCAACGGUUAGGCAUUUAAAAAUAUGUUGAAACUGCUGCAUUUUUCAUUGCAGUUGUAAAAAUUCAACACAUAUGAAAAUAACACUUUUAAGUUAUGUAUCGAAACACCACACUGUAUAUAUUUUUAGUACAAUUUUUAUAUGUUCUCAUGUGUGUGAAUGAGUUAAUAUUUUAUUUACAUUGCAUUUUACUUUCAAUAAAAUUAAAUUCUGGAACAA